AUCUGGAGGUUUUUGCGGUGCAGACAACACUAUCUUUUAUCUCACUUUCCUAUAGUGAGAAUUUGGUGCAUGUUAAUGAUUAUUUGGACAUUGGAUUGCACAAAUUCCUAGCCAAGUUUAGAAUAAUUAAAAACGCAAACUAGCUCCGCGCUUCCGAAGUGUCACGCUAUCCCAAACGCAGGAUGCUGUGGCUGAGAUGUAGCUACUAGCUAAACUAGCUUCCUGUACAGCUGAAAGUCAGCAUCAUCGCCACUCCUCCCGGAUAGCUAGCUGGCUAGCUGUACUCAGCAUAACGAUGGCAGUUAACCUCAGCAAAAAUGGCCCUGCUUUAACAGCUGCAUUCAAAGAAGUGGUAGAUGAAAAAUCCAAUACCAACUGGGCCUUGUUCACCUAUGAGGGAAACAGUAAUGAUAUCCGCCUGGCAGAAAAGGGGGAUGGAGGACUGGAGGAGUUGGUUGAGGAAUUGAACAGUGGAAAAGUGAUGUAUGCUUUCUGCCGGGUCCAGGAUCCAAAUUCUGGUCUGCCUAAAUAUGUCCUCAUCAACUGGACUGGUGAAGGAGUGAAGGACGCUAGGAAAGGAAUAUGUGCAAAUCAUGUCAGCUCCAUGGCAAAUUUUCUUAAGGGGGCCCAUGUCACAAUAAACGCCAGAGCAGAUGAGGACGUGGAACCUGAUGUGAUCAUGCAAAAGGUGGCUAAAGCUUCAGGAGCAAACUACAGCUUCCACAAAGAAGCUUCCAGCCGCUUCCAGGACAGCGGUCCUCAGGGUCCUGUGGGCUCAGUGUACCAGAAGACCAACGCUAUGUCAGAAAUCAGAAAGACCAACAAAGACAACUUCUGGGCUCAGGCAGAGAAAGAAGAGGAGAAACGUCUGCAGGAGGAGCGGCACAAGGCAGAGGAGGAACGCCAGCAGCUGGAGAGAGACAGAAAAGACAGAGAGGCCAAGGAGGCAGCGCAGAGGGACAAAAGGGACAAGGAGAGGGCCACUCAGAUUGAGCAACAAAAGAAGUACCAGCAGCAGCAGGAAGCUGAGAGUAAAGUGCAGGAGAAUCAACGCUGGGAGGAGCAGGAGGAGAACCAGGCAGCCCAGAAGAAAGCAGUCAGGAGAGGUGAAUCUGUGGAAAAGGCCAACGAGGCGGCUUCUCUCAUCUCUCAGCGUGCUUUAAACCCCAGAGAGAUGUUCAAGCAGAGGGAGAGGGGAAUAACUCCCAGUGACUCAGACGUCCCCUCUGCUGCCCCUGCUAGCCCCCAGCCAGGGCGUCUGCAAAGCCCUUUUCUGUCUAAGCCAAUGUAUGAAAGUGAGCGAGCCAGCUCACCUCAGCGCCAAGCUUCUCCUGUGCCAGCAGGCUCCGCCUCUCCUGUCCGUGCCACAGAGCCUGAUGUGGAUGAUGGACAGUCCAGGUGUGAGUAUGAUGAGCAGGAGGCAACCCCCCAGGAGCAAUUUAAAGAGGAGGCACUGGCUGCUAACUCCUACGUCCAAGAAACGGCUUAUGAAGAGCCCGCUCAGGUGGAGGAGAAUAACUCCUAUGAGGUGACUGCUGGGGAUACCUCAGACAGAGGCGUCUGUGCCAGAGCAUUAUAUGACUACCAGGCUGCUGACGACACAGAGAUCUCAUUUGAUCCCGACGAUAUCAUCACCGGGAUCGAGAUGAUAGAUGACGGCUGGUGGCGAGGCUUCAGCCCAGACGGCCAUUUUGGAAUGUUCCCAGCCAAUUACGUGGAGCUUAUCUAGCAGCACCCCAACCCCCAACCCCCACCCCAACCCCCAAAUGAUCACACUGGCAGCCCCACAGGACCUCUGCAGUAAAACAACACACAGCAAAGUCAGUCCUCGCACACAAGUGAGCUGAUCAGGCAGAAACAGAGCAAAGGAUCCUUCACAUCAUGGACCAAUGAACGGAUCGUUAUCGUGGGCCAGAAGCUUUUGAAAUCUCUCCUCAUUUCAAGGAAGCAAUUCCAUUAAAUUGUUGAUGUUGUAAGCAACCAAUUGCAUAGGUUAGGGCUUUGUGAAGACCCAUAGGCUGACCAAAAUUCCCUCCAACUCCCCUUAAAUAAUACAUCUCUUUACCUAUAAAUGUGAUGCAGUACAAUAUCAGCCUUUUGUUAAGUCUUAAAUUCAAUUGUUAGCAUUAUUAGCACUUCUAGUUAGCGUUCCUUACAGUGACUUCAGUUCUAUUUCAGGUAUAAUUUUGUUGUUACUUGUAGCAAAUGCUCCUGUACAUUUCAGAAAAAUCAAAUAUUGUGGUACCAACUACAGUAUAUUUUUUUGCCUUGUUUUUGCCUUUCUUUACCAGCUGACUGAAUUUUCCUUUUUUUAAUAUGAUUGAACUUACAUCCUGUGUGAAUUUAAAAUGUUUUAGUACUGAUCUGACUGUGGUUGAAGUGAAUAUUUCAAAAAAAAAAAAACAGACAAUGCUUGCUGUGCUCUGGGUGGUCGACAUCAGUGGGGAAUGCAUCAAACGGUUAAAUUCCCUUUAACUGUGAGUAUUUAAAGGUUGUUUUCAUUUCAAUUCCUUUGUCAUCCAAACCAGAUUAUUUCAACAUAUUUAACUUUUCAGGGACAAGCUGAAGAUAAGAAAACAUUAUUUUUCUUUUUUUGCUGGUCUAGGGUUGAUUUUGAGUGCAGAACAGAUCUCUAGUAAGUAAUAUGUGGUAUUGUGGUGCCAUAAUGAGGGGCAGUGAAUGCAGUGAUUGGUGGCAUUUUAAUUGAACAUUUGAACAGUUUGACAUCUGAAUUUAUGCAAGUUUACUGUUUUUAUCAUGCUUGCUGUUUGAAGCUUUUAGGCCAGUCGACAAAAGGAAAAAUUAGUUGUUCAUGAAUAGAAAAGGGCAUCGUGUAUCCAUUGCAUUAUUCAUGUUUGUUUUUCCAGAGUGUAUUGUAAUGCACAGACAUUCUUCAUAAUAAAAUAAAUACACAA